AUGGAAGCAGAGAACGGCACAGCCCUAUCACAGUUCCUCCUUCUGGGCCUCUCAGAGGAUCCAGAUCUACAGCCAGUCCUCUUUGGACUGUUCCUGUCCAUGUACCUGGUCACAGUGCUUGGGAACCUGCUCAUCAUCCUGGUUGUCAGCUCUGACUCCCACCUCCACACCCCCAUGUACUUCUUCCUCUCCAACCUGUCCUUGGUUGACAUCUGCUUCAUCUCCACCACAGUUCCAAAGAUGCUGGUGAACAUCCAGGCACAGAGCAAAGACAUCUCCUACAUAGAGUGCCUGUUUCAGGUAUUUUUUUUUAAUACUUAUGGUGGAGUUGAUACUUUCCUACUGACGGUGAUGGCCUUUGAUCGCUUUAUGGCCAUCUGCCACCCCCUGAACUACACAGUCAUUAUGAGCCCCCAGCUCUGUGUCCUUCUGGUUAUGACAUCAUGGCUCAUCAUGUUCUGGGUCUCCCUGAUUCAUAUUCUACUAAUGAAACAACUGACCUUCUCUGUAGGCACUGAGAUCCCACAUUUCUUCUGUGAGCUGACUCAGCUUCUCAAAGCAGCCACCUCUGAUACCUUCAUCCUUAUUAUUUUUCUGUACUUGGCAACUGUCCUGGUGGUUGUGCUUCCUUUGACUGGGAUCCUUUUCUCCUACUCUCAGAUUGUCUUCUCCUUAAUGAAGAUGUCCUCUGUGGGAAAGUAUAAAGCAUUUUCCACCUGUGGGUCUCACCUCUGUGUGGUCUCCUUGUUUUAUGGAACAAUAUUAGGGAUUUAUCUCAGUUCUACUGCGACCCAUUCUUCUCAGAGUAGCACAAUUGCCUCAGUGAUGUACACUGUGGUCACCCCCAUGCUGAACCCCUUCAUCUACAGUCUGAGGAACAAGGAUGUGAAGGGGGCCCUGGGGAGACUCCUCAGCAGAGCAGCCUCUUGUUCUUGA